UAUCUUAAGAGAAAUCCAGGACUAGGUAUGAGCAGAGCAGGGUCCAAGAGCACGUCCCGACUCCAGGACAAUGUUCCAUCCAAGCUACUCCAACCCCAUGAAAACCAGAAGGUGUUCCAGCUACUGGGGAGAAAGUGUCUGGCCCUGUCAACGUCGGUAGCCCAGCUGUACCUGGCCCAGUCCGGUGACCGAUGGAUAAAGCAGUGCUGUGGAGUCCUGUGCUUUGUGAAAGAUAACCCACGUCGUUCUUACUUCAUCCGUCUGUAUGAUCUUACGGAGGACAGAAUCCUGUGGGAGCAGGAGAUUUAUGAACAACUAAAGUACUCUGCUCCAAGGCCGUAUUUCCACACUUUUCCUUCAGAUGAAAGCCAGGCUGCUCUGAAUUUUGCCGAUGAAGCAGAGGCUGUGAGUUUCCGUGCAGUUGUGGAAGAAAGAAUACAGAAGAAACACAGACAAGAAAAACGCCAAACUCUGCCCCCUCCUCCUCCUGUGUCAGAUGCUACAUUCUGUGUCCAAACAGAAAGGAGGAACACUCUGCCCCUGCCACCUCCACCGGGACAACUGCCAAAUGGCCCACCCAGCCCGCAGCCACAAAGCCCAUCUCUUGGACUAAACAUGGCUGCUGUCAGCAUCUCGAACCCAGACAUUACAUCCUCCAGAUAUCGAGCUUUGCCCACUCCCAGCGACAAGGGCAAAAACAAGAAGGGCAAGAAAAAGUUCUCCAAGGCGGAUAUUGGAGCACCAAGCGGCUUCAAGCACGUCAGCCAUGUUGGCUGGGAUCCCAAUAACGGGUUUGAUAUGGACGCUUUGGACCCAGAGUUGCGCAAUCUGUUCAGUCGCGCAGGGAUCAGUGACGCUCAGCUGGCUGAUGCAGAAACCUCUAAACUCAUCUAUGACUUCAUAGAGCAGCAGGGAGGGGUGGAGGCCGUGAAACAGGAAAUGAGGAAAAGUGAACUUCCCCCACCACCUCCAUCCCGCAAUGCUCCCCUGCCUCCUCCACCAGGGCGGGUUAGAACAGGACCACUGCCACCACCCCCAUCUCGUGUCUCUUCUGUUCCACCACCGCCUCCACCAUCACGAAGUACUCCACCACCACCACCACCACCUCCGGUGGUGCGUUCUGGAGCUCCACCUCCUCCACCACCACCACCACCACCACCUCCACCACCAGAGUCCCAAAUGGAUUACUCUGCUCCUCCUCCUCCGCCACCUCCAGAACUUUCAACAAAUCAGAGCCAGCAGCCCGCUGCACAGCCCCGAGGCCGAGGUGCCCUACUGGAUCAGAUUCGACAAGGGAUACAGCUUAAUAAGGUGACAGAAACAGCCGACGUCCCUGCCUCCCCUCAGCCGAGUUCAGAGGGUCUCGUUGGGGCUUUGAUGCACGUCAUGCAGAAGCGGAGCAAAGUCAUUCAUUCUUCAGAUGACGACGACGACGAUGGCGGUGAAGAUGAGGAUGAGGAUGAAUGGGAUGACUGAAUUCUUAGCGACACAACCUUCUGUAACCUCCAUCUUCCUGUCAAGAGCGACAUUUGCUAUAAUGACCCAAUUAAUCUGUCGAGAUGUAAUUCAUAAACAUAUAU